UAACAUUCACCUCCACCGAGAAGACAAUUUUGAGCAUAAAUAUCCAGAAAAUUUAAAUAAAUAAAAUAAAGAAAAUGUCUUUUCUGGCGCGUGGAUUAAGCCUAGUGGCGCGCCAACCCUGCCUCAUCAAUAAUUUAACAAAUUCUAUGAGAACAUUAAGUGUUACGCCACGCUUUUGUCAGCAAUCGAAAUUGGCCACUCAGGAUUUUACCAGCCUAAAACAGUUGUCUAAAGAGGAACAGGAGAAAUGCAAAGAAAUCUUUAACAAUGUCAAUCAACAAUUAACCAAAAGUGAAGAAGGACGCAUGUUUGCUGUUGUACAUUUAAGCGGCAAACAAUUUAAAGUUACAGCCGGCGAUAUCAUUUUGGUAGAGGGCUAUUGGCCGCCAACCAUAGGCGAUGAAAUACGCUUGGAAAAGGUGUUAUUGGCUGGAGCCAAAGAUUUCACACUAAUUGGUGCUCCGCUCUUGGAACCGGGCCUGGUUGAUGUUAAGGCCACCAUUAUUGAGAAAACCCUUACACACACUAAGACCCAUUUCAAAAAGAAGCGCCGGAAGCAAUAUUUGCGUAUUAAUUUCCAAAGAUCACCAAAUACUAUGAUACGCAUCAAUUCCAUAGAGGUGGCACGCAAAGUGGAUGAGCCCUGUAAGCAGCCUUUAAAUGAGAAUCGUAUCUUUUAGGGGGUUUUUGUGGUAAGAAAUUAGUAGAACACAAAAUAAAUAUUGAUUUCUUGUGCUAAAACAUUUAUUUUGUUACAAUUUUAUUUCUAUAGAUUAAUUAAUGAAAGCUUAACAUUAGAUAUUUUGUGUAUAUUGCACUUGAAAUGUUAAAACAAAUAUAAAUAUUUAAUAAAAAAAAAACAAAAAGUUAAAUGCAACAUUUGAAUAAAACGAAAACAACGAAAAAA